CAGAUAAACCAAAGUAAUAGUAAUUACCCCAAUUAGUUUUCAAACACAACUGUCAAAGAUCGUGAAAUGUUAGAUUAGAUAACAAAACCAAGUGGAACACAAAUUCUCAUGAUUCAUUGUGGCAACAAGAGAUAGGUUAAACAAGACUGUGUUACUGUGUCUACAUCUACAGCAUAGUGUAAAGAUGGCUGAGGACUCAGAUAUAGUUGUGAAUGUUGUGUUUGUGUAAUGAUUGUGGAGGGGGGGGGGGGCUAAUCUAACAGUUAGUUUACCCAUAGAAAAGAAGAAGACUCAGUUUGUUGUGAAGGGUGGAAGCUAGAGGAAAAGAGAAAACCAAAUGUUUUGUUUAUUAUUAGACACUAAUGGGUGAAAGCUCACAAGAUAUCAAAUGUUUAUAGCAAUGUCUUCCUGAAGAAUCUGGAUAUGGGUGUGGUAUUGGAGAACACAAUUGUUGAGCUUCUCUACGUAAGUCUGCUAGUGUUCUGGAUCAUCUACUUGUACUUUGUCAAGGACUAUGGGUACUGGGAGGAGCGUCAUGUACCACACGUACCCCCUGUGUUCCCUCUCGGCUCCAUGUCAGACAUCGUGCUGGGGAGAGUCCACUGGGGCAUCGCUUACGACAAGAUUUACAAAGAGUACGCAAAUGAACGCUUCGUCGGUCUGAUAGACAUAAGGAAGCCGUGUCUGGUUGUGAGAGAUCCAGACCUGAUCAAGAGAAUAAUGGCGAGAGAUUUUAAUCAUUUCAUGGACCACAUGGUGAUUGAUAUUCAUCCCAACGAUUACUUAAUGAACCAUCUGUUCCACUUGAGGGGACAGGAGUGGAAGGAAAUGAGAGCUAAGCUGACGCCCGCGUACACUGCGGCUAAGAUGAAAAUGAUGUUUUUCUUGGUGAAACGAUGUAGCGAUGUGCUACGUGAAUUCCUGGAAAAAUCUACUCGUGAAAAUAACAAAUUGGACGUCAAAGAUAUUUUCUCCCGAUAUACGAUAGAUGUGAUCUCUUCUUGCGCCUUUGGUCUGGAUAUAAAUUGUCUUUCAAAUAAAGACUCUGAGUUUUAUAAAAUAGGACUUAGAGUGAUGAAAUUAGACUUUGAGAUGUUGCUGAAGCUUUUCAUAUAUAACUCGUUUCCCAUCCUCUCUAAAUUUCAUCUAUUUGAUUUUAUAGAUUCCAAAAUUACGCAUUUUCUAACAGAUGUGAUUCGCUCCACGAUCGAUUAUAGAGAAAAAAACAACAUCAACAGGUACGACUUCUUGGACUUGUUGAUCAAACUGAAGCAAAACCAGAGCAUUCUGGAGGAGGGCGAGAAGGAUGAUACUUACGACUUUGCAAGAUCAAGCAAGAAAGAGGGGAUGACAGUUGAAGAAAUAACAGCAGAGACAUUCCUGUUUUUUGCGGCUGGAUUUGAAACAACUUCAAACACCAUCACAUUCUGCCUCUAUGAGCUGGCCUGCAAUUACAAGAUACAGGAAAAGUUGCAUUGGGAAGUCGAGGAGGUGCUGGAAAGACACAACAAUGAAAUCUCUUAUCAAGCUUUGCAGGAAAUGACUUACAUGGAUCAAGUCAUCAAUGAGUCAAUGCGCCGCUACCCAGUAUUUCCUGUGAUAUUUCGACACUGUACAGAAAGGUAUAGAGUUCCAGAUUCAAAUCUGGUCAUAGAAAAAGACACAAAAAUAAUAAUACCUGCUUACUCACUUCAUCACGACCCAGAGUAUUUCCCAGAUCCUUACACGUUUGAUCCGGAGAGGUUCAGUGCAAAAAACUGUAAAACAAGGCAUCCUUUUGUCUUUCUUCCAUUUGGAGAUGGACCUCGAAUGUGCAUUGGAUUCAGAUUCGGUUUGAUGAAAGUGAAAACAGCUUUGGCAACAUUAUUACUCGACUAUGAGAUCAACAUUACCCCAGACACUGAAGUUCCGCUGACGUUCCGAAGUUCCUCUUUCACAACCUUGCCUUCAAAACCCCUCAUGCUAGUGUUCAACAGAAGAGACGAUAGGGUUUAGUACUGUGAUCUUUACAACUUCUGUUUGAAAAAGAUUAAAAUAUUUCCUAAGCCUUUUGGCUUACACAAUUGUUUGAAAAUCAAGAUUUAGAUUAACUUUACUUCAACUGAAUGUGGGAGAAAGAAAGAAUUU